UUCCAUGAGUAAAAAAAGCCAAAGUUCACAAAAUUUUGGCAAAUCAAUUGAAAUAAUACAAUAAAAGUUUUUAAAUCAAAUUAUAUGCAACAGAUAAUUAAAAAUUUAACGGAAAUAUUUCUUCUUUGAAACUGAAAAUUUUGACUUUGAUCGCCCGAGCAACACAUACAGCGCUAGUGGUUUUUUGUGCAGAUUUCUUUUCUUCGUGUUUGUUUGCAUUUUAUUUGCUACAAUUCGAAAUCUAACUGAUUUGGGUGCUUGUGUGCAGUUGCCAUUGCUUUUGAAAAUUACAUUUAGAAAAUUAUUGGUGUAGAAUAAACAGGAAAGAAAAGCGAAACAGAAACAAAUAUAUAAAACAAGUUAGUAGUAACAAACUAUAAGCACUAAAUAUCGAAAUAAUCGUGUGUAUUAAGCCACAUUGCAUUUGCUUUGUUCGAACUGUAACAUUAUUAUCAACAAAACCAACAACAACAAAUCAGACAACGUUUUUUUUUUAAUUUUUCAACGACUUUCCGUAAUUUCAGCGAAAAUACAACGAAAUAAAUAAAACAUCAGCAAAUGAGCAACGGCAGCAAAUAAACAAUCAAACGAACACAAUUUUAAUAAGGUCGUUCGUUUACAGUUGCAUAGAGUGCAAUCGAAUUACACACGUACACAAACAACAAUAAACGAUUUAAACGAAGAAGAAAUUCAUCAAGUCAACAGUAACCAUAAAACAAUAAAAACAACAAUUUCUCUCUAAUCUUAUUUUGGUGUGCACACGUAGACGUUGAUUUCAGUUCAAAUUCAACACACUAUCGAUACAAUAACGUUGAUCGAAUGCCGCAAAUGGAAGAUGAAACGAGCUAAUAAUUGAGUAACCAUAUAUAACAGUCGCCACAGAAUCUCGUAUCAUAUAAUAAACGAUAAAAGAACUUAUCAAGUGCUCACUACUGCAGCUGCUCUAAGCGAGAAUAAAAAAAAAACAACCACACAGAAUACAUUUAUAAAGCAACCGAUAACACAAAAAAAAAACAUUGAAAACGCAGCAAAGUCAACACAAAAGAAACGCACCGAUCGGCUGAAUACAAAACAGCUGAAUAUCAAUAUUUUCUUUGUUGUUAGCUUUUUCAUUUGUGCAACAUAACGAAGCCAAACGAAUAAAAAAGAACGAAGAACUGAGAAAAAAAGCAGGAAAAAAUUUCGUUCGCUUACUUUUUUCAUUAGUGAACUGCGUGAUUUAAAUAAACCGUAACCAUUCUGUCGCAACUGUUUGAGCCAAGCGCCAGGAUUAUUUCGCUUGAAACCGGCAAAGUGACAACAAAGUGUGUCACAAUGCGUGAGAAAAAAGGUGGUGCACUUCAAAAGCUGAAAAAGCGAUUAUCGCACAGCUUCGGAAGAUUAACGAUAUCACGAGAAGAUGGUGAGGAUUCAAACCAUCAUCAACAUCAAAUAAAUCAUUAUAAUCACUCAUCAUCAUCGAAACGAAUAUGGAAACAGUCGUGGCAUCAACAUCGAAGCGGUCAUAGCAAUGAAGUACCAUUUAAUGGAUACAAUUCGGAAGAAUAUCUCGAUAGAUUAGAACCAAAUGGCAAUAUACCGGCCAACAAAUCCGAUUUGGGCUAUGGAAAACAAAUUGAGGUGUUUCCACCUACGGCCGAAGUAAAAAACGUUGAACAACGAGAUGAGACGAACACCGACCAAAACCAUCAUCUACCGUCCGCUGCACAAGCUAAUAAAUCAGAAGAUUGGUCUGGCGCAAAUGAUCAUGAACGAGUUCAACGACAGUUAUCCGUGUCAUCAGAUAGCAAACUAUUGGAUGAGGAUAUACGUGAAGAGACCCGCGUUAUAAUGCGACCUAAAAAACCACCGAGACCAAAAUCCGAAGUAUUUUUAAACAAACAAGACCUGCAUCCGCGACGAAAGCGGUUUAGUGCAUUUGGUGGUGAUUCGCCAUUUGGUAAGACAGAAGCUUAUAUUAAACUGGAGCAACUUGGAGAGGGUUCAUACGCAACGGUCUUCAAAGGAUACAGCAAUUUGACAAACCAAGUGGUUGCACUCAAGGAGAUUAGACUGCAAGAAGAAGAAGGAGCACCGUUUACAGCAAUCCGUGAAGCAUCGCUGUUGAAAGAACUGAAACACUCGAACAUUGUUACAUUACAUGAUAUUGUUCAUACCCGCGAAACGUUGACAUUUGUAUUCGAAUUUGUGAAUACCGAUUUAUCACAAUAUAUGGAACGACAUGCGGGCGGCUUGGAUCAUCGAAAUGUUCGGCUAUUUUUAUUUCAAUUGUUGCGCGGUUUAUCGUACUGCCAUAAACGGCGAGUGCUUCAUAGAGAUGUAAAGCCACAGAAUUUAUUAAUUAGCGAAAUAGGUGAAUUAAAGCUUGCCGAUUUCGGAUUGGCAAGAGCCAAAAGUGUUCCCAGUCACACAUAUUCUCACGAAGUGGUUACGCUUUGGUAUCGACCACCAGACGUAUUGCUCGGUAGUACUGAUUACUCAACGUCGCUCGAUAUGUGGGGUGUAGGCUGUAUAUUUGUUGAAAUGAUUACAGGAAUGCCAACAUUUCCUGGUAUUCGUGACACAUACGAUCAAUUAGAUAAAAUUUUCAAACUACUCGGCACACCGACCGAAGAUACAUGGCGUGGUGUAACACAUCUACCAGGAUACAAACCACAGAAAUUAGGAUUUUAUCGUCCACGUAAAUUAGGCCAUAGUUUUCCACGAUUGUAUGAUAUUGUUGAGGGUGAAGCGAUUGCUACCUUAUUUUUACAAUUGAAUCCAGAAGAACGAAUGGGUGCUGAAGAUGCAUUGAAUCAUCCAUAUUUCACACCACUACCACGGAAAUUGUUCGAAUUACCAGACGAAACAUCAAUAUUCACCGUUGAAGGUGUAUAUGUGUAUCCGGAACCAAAUCGACAAAAUAAAUGAAAAUUAAUGCACGGCUUGUCAUUGGAUGGCGUUCGAUAUUAUUGUUAAGAGACAAACAACACACAACGGAGAUCAAGUGACAAGCACUUGUAAUACAAACACCGAACAAAUACCAACCAUUGCAAACCGAACCUAGGGACAACAACAACAGAACACUGAUUUUGCGGAAAACAGGAACAUUUAUUAUAAUUUAAUGAAACAACAACAAAAAAAAAGAACCUACAAUGAUCGUUUAGUCUUAUUUUCUAUCAUUAGAGAAAAUUUUAUUGAAAAAAAAGAAGAAAACAAAUUUACAAUGAAAAAAUUAUUAAAUUGACAUACACAUAAAAGAAAUCGAACGAUGACACAAAAUGGUAUAGAUACAAAAAAAAAUUAAUUGUGAGAAUCAAAAUGCCAAUCGAUAAGCGCCAUCAAUACAACUAGUUCAGCAACAUAUAGUGACAAAAAAAACACUUAAAAUAUGAUGAAUUAAAAGAAAAUCAACAAACAAAAAAUCACUAAAAAAAUUUAAAUAAUUGAAUUAUAUAAAACUAGCAUCAAUAACACUAAACUAUUAACUAAAAAAAAAUUUGGACAACCAACACAUUUAACUAAAUCACAACUAAAUAAAUAAACAUUGUAAUAGAUCUAAAACAAAAGAAAACAAAACAAAUUAUAUAUAUUUAAAUGAAGAGACGAGAAAAUGAAACGCGUUUAAUUAUAAAAUCGUCUCAUCGUAACACUUCAAAUGAGCGCAGCGGCUUCGUACAUUUUGAAUAGCAAUUUUGUUUAAACGAAGUUUGUAAACGGAAGUAUGGAAAUGAUGAUUUAAAAUAAAAAGCUAAUCAAAGUUAUAUAUGAAUGACGUCCACUUUUUAAGUAUAAUUAAAAGAAAACUAAAGAAUGAAAUUCAUUUCCAAUCUUUUAGUAAAAGUUAUUCGUCCGAAAUUCGGCAUUUAUUUCAUAUUCGUUUUUGUUUUAAUUUGAUGAAAAAAAAAACAUUUCUUUUUUAGAAUAAUUCCUCAGCGCACUCGUCCAAUGCCGUUUUCAUUUUAGCAUUAAUAAACGAUGAUAAACCGUUUCGCGUGCGCCCAUUUGAAUAUGUUGCCGACCAAAUAUAAAAUGUUGAACGAAAAUUGAAAUUAAACGAACCACAAUAUGCAUUUACACAUGCAUUCAAUUUGGUUGAGUACAUUUACGGGCGAGUUUAAUCAAAAGUGAGGUGGAUAUGCUUGUAGAGAGAACUAAAUGAAAUGAAAACCGACAACCAGAAUCAUAGCUUCCGGCGGUGGCGAUCCAAGAGAGAUUAAUUCCAAAUUUCCCAAAAAAAAUGUCAAGGGGUAAUUUGGUCUCGCAAAAAUAAAUAGAUGGCCUAAAAAUAACCCAGAAAAUCGGAAGAAUAUCUCCCAUUUCGAAAAUUGAUGACCAAAACAGGUCUUGUCACUUUUGAAUUCAUGACAAUUUUUCGCACAUUUUGUAAAGGGGAAAUUUCAAAAUCCGCUCUCCAAUGGAGGUAAUCCUACACCUCGAGCCACUACUCAGAAGCUAUGAUCAGAAUAGUAACAUCUAAUCUAUGUAAAUGAAUAAAAAAAAAGUUGUGUGAUUUUGAUAUUGAGAAAAAGAAAACAAAAAAUAUUAUUGUAAAUGAACGAAAGACAGAACGAGCGAAAUGGAACAGAGAGAGAAUGGAUUGAAAGAGUGAGUGAAUGAAUAAUAAAAAAUAAAAAUAAAACUUAAAAAAAUUUAGUUGGGAUUGUUUCGUUUUCCUGCAUUAAAUGAAAAAAAAAAAAAAACAAAUUAAUUAUUAUCGUAUUUUGCGCAGUUUAACUGAGACUUUUAACGUAAACAUGGUUUCCUCUUAUAUUUUGUUGUUCACACAUAAUUGAACAACAAACCAAACUUAUACAGUUAAUCAAAUGUUCUGUUUUGUUUUGAUUUUAUUUUUCUGUUUAAAUGUCGAACGAUAAUCGUAUAUCGAUUGUUUUUUUUUUUAUGUUUUCUUUUUCGAUGAUAUUUUGAAUUUUCUUUGUUUUUAUUUCGAUUUUAGUUUUCUUUUAUUAGCAUAUGGCAGAAUCAUUCUGGUGGAAGUUGAGAAAGACUGGUUUAUUAUUGUGUUGGAAUAAAAGUGCCAUUGCAUGUGUUAUUUUGACAAUUUUUUAAGCAAAAAAA